AUGGAGCUCGGCGAAUACGCGCUACGUCUUAUCUGCACAUUUCUCAGCUACACGUUUCACACACAGCUAGCGAGGAGCAGCGGCGUGUUUUUGCCAGCGGCAGCCGAAGACGUCGUCGUCGAGUCCGCCGUCAGCGACAGCACGACCGAGACGACGGCCGACGAGAUAAGGAUGCCAGCGGUGCCCUUGACCGAGCAGGUCAUGGAGCACAAUAUACUGGUGAGCGACCUGCCCGUCGUGGACGAGCCGACGGACGCGCCAGACCCCGGCUGGGACAAGAACCGGGUGAUCCGCGACGUCGCAUAUUUUAUCCGCGCUCACAAGUUCCACGACUACGAUCGCCGGUACUACAAGAGCGCGGGGGAGGCCACGAGCAGGCUCUACGAAGAGUUCCCCAGGCCCGGGCUGAGGUCCCUGCACUGGGAAGUGCGCAAGUACUGCGACGCGAGCUUCGUCGAGUGCCUCAAGUAUCUCGAAAGGAUCAUUAAGCUGACGGCCCUGAGGCGCGAGGACGACACCGUCACGGUCAUGAGGGAGCAGAAGUGGAGCCUGGCGAACAAUACCGAGCAGAUCUUGGCCGCUCAAAGGGAUUGCCAGUCGUCUCAAAGGCGGGACAAUCUCACCAUGAUCCCCUUUCAGGGUCCAAUCGAACGCUUCCAAUGGCGCACCAGCGUCAGCUAUUACAUGUGCUGGUACACGAUGCAAGGCAUCGCGGAUUUAGCUGUCUUCGGCGAGCCCUGCGACAAUCACGCCAACUGCCUGGAUGAAUACGGCGCUCAUAACAAGGAUCCACGGGCGGACGACACGAAACCGUACGCUUGCGCCCUGUACAGUUUCUGUCCGGACCAUUGUUGCCCCAUGAAGCACAUUCGCUCCAUGAAAGACUGCUUCCAGUCGCGGCGCAAUCCUUGCCACGCUGAGAAUCGCCCAGCGCAUCGGAGGUGCUCGCUGCAUCGCGACGAGAACCGCAACUUCCAGGCGCUCAGGUCGAAUCGGAUAAACGUGAGCUGCGAAUGCCAGCGGCCCGGCUACGAGUGGUCCUCCAGGUUCGGCCUGUGCGUCGAUGUGAACGAAUGCUCCCGUGGCGCGCACAAUUGCACGCUGCACGCGGGUGAGAACUGCCUCAACCUGGCCGGCGGUUUCGCUUGCAUAUGUCAGCUCGGUUACGCGUACAGUCCGACGGCGGGACGCUGCGUUCACGAUCCGGGCUUCGAGAGGAUGCUGAAGGGCGACGAGGACGAGCCGACGAGUGCGGAGACGAAGCGUCGCCUGUUAGACGAGAUUAUUCGUUUCAUCACGAGAUCCUCCGCGGGCGGCCCCGUGAGCGCAACGUCUCAUAUUUGCGUUUCAUUAAUUUUAAUUGUGUUAAUGCACGGCGAUGUGUAAGUCGGAGAAGGCUUCAUUUGACUUUCGUCUUAAUCCGACCCGAGUUUCUCCUGCGCCGCGCCGCCCAACGUUUCCGUCCGACGGAAACAUGUUUUCCGAAGAAUGUCUAAUGAGCUGCGUGUGUAAUCACAAAUCCGUUAUAACCACCGAGUUUUUGCAGAGAAGAAAUACGCGCGGAGGAACUGCUUAUUUUAUCCGGAAUAUACGCCAGACGGUCUUACAAUCACUUGAAGUAUUUUUAUUGUCCUCAUUUCAUUAUUUAUCUACGUUCGAAUAGAUCGAACGACCGAUUAAGACAAUGUCGCGCAUAAUUCAAGAUAAUUCAAGAAGAUUGGUUUAUUAUCGCUU